AGGAAAAAAAAUGAACAAAAAUUCAACCAAAAUGGAAGUGGAAUAUAUUUUUGAUGAAGAUGGUAAUGAAGCCACCAACAAGAAAUAUUUUCAUUUUUCGAAAGAAUUUCGCACACAGUUUGGUAUUGCGUUUGUUGUGAAUUUGUUAAUUUUCAUCAAUGGAACGCAUGUAGGCUGGGUUGCACCAACAAUUCUCAAAUUAACAUCAAAUAAUUCAGAAAUAUCGUUAACAUCAUCUGAAAUAUCAUGGCUAGCUGCGACAUUACCACUUGGUGGAGGAAUUGGUCCAAUAUUUGGAGCAAUAUUUGCAAAUACAGUUGGUCGUAAAAACGCUAUUUUACUCGCAACUAUCCCUGAAAUAAUUACAUGGAUUAUUAUUGCAUAUGCCAAAAAUGUAUAUCAUUUAUGCAUAGCAUUAUUUAUAAAAGGAAUUAUUGGAGGUUCUGCUAUGCCUGCUGUAUCAAUGUAUCUUGGUGAAAUCUCAUCACCACAGUUUCGGGGAAGAAUUCUAGGAAUGCUUUUUCAAUUAAAUUGGGUAUUUGGAUCUCUAUUCGAAACUAUACUUGUGCCAUAUGUUUCCGUAGCGGCUAAUGCAUGGAUUGCUUCAAUCAUACCGUUGCUUUUACUUGUAAUUUUCAUUUGGAUGCCAGAAUCUCCGUAUUUCUAUUUGAUUAAAAAUCAAACAGACAAGGCAAGAAAAUCUCUACGAAUUUUAAAGCAAAGUAACAAUGUUGACGGACAAUUAGAACACCUGAGAAAAGUUAUUAAGGAAGAACAAAAUGAAGUGAAAAAAUUUUCUGAAAUAUUCAGGGUUAAAAAUAAUCGAAUUAGUUUCUUUCUAUGUUUUGGGAUAGUAUCAAUACAACAUUUAACUGGGAUAAGUAUUAUAUUUCCAUAUACUCAAAUACUGUUAGAAAAAUCGAAUUUACCAAUAGAACCUCACAAGAAAUUCACUUAG